AUAUUAAUAGUAAUGUCCAAAGAACAUAAAGAUCCGCUGGAAAAAUAGUGUUAGGAAUUGUGUAAAGCAUUUGCUUACUCCGAAGAAAACAACCAAAGCAAUAUGAUGAAUAUCUUCUCCAAGAAACCAAAGGCAAAAGAGGUUCUUCGACAAAGUAAACGAGAAAUGGCAAACGCCACUAGAGGUAUAGAAAAGGAAAUUGGAGCAUUACAACUUGAAGAAAAGAAGCUAGUUGCUGAGAUAAAGAGAACUGCUAAAACAGGAAAUGAGGCUGCGACUAAAAUUCUAGCGCGCCAAUUGGUUAGGCUAAGGCAACAAAUUGCGAAUCUUCAAAGUAGUCGAGCUCAGAUGAGAGGCAUAGCAACUCACACACAGGCAUUGCAUGCUCAGUCUUCUGUUGCUGUUGGCUUGAAAGGUGCCAGUAAGGCAAUGGCAGCUAUGAAUAAGCAAAUGGCACCUGCAAAGCAAGUCAAAAUUAUUCAAGAUUUCCAGAAACAAGCAGCGCAAAUGGAUAUAAGUACUGAAAUGAUGUCAGAUGCCAUAGACGAUGUCUUGGAUAACGAUGAAGCUGAAGAGGAGACAGAAGAUUUGACAAAUCAGGUCCUCGAUGAAAUUGGCGUGGAUGUUGCUUCACAGUUAUCAGCAGCUCCACAAGGGAGAAUCAAAACAAAGAAUUCUGAAAAUGUCAGCAGCUCGGGCAUUGACGACAUUGAGAAGCGUUUGGCAGCUCUUAGAAACCCAUAACUUCUCUGUAAGGGAUUGUGAUUCUCAAACUCUAAACUAGAUAACUCUUUUCAGAACUCCCAUGUUUUCUUGGGAUUUCAGAAGUUCAGUGUGUAUAUCCUCCUUGGAGUUAGUGAUGCAUUUCAUUUUAAAUUUUCGCGUGUUUGGCUAGGGCAAUCUAGUGGAGUGGAUUCCGUACCAUGAUGGAUAGUGCCUGUAAAUUAGGGAUGGAAAGAAAAAAUAGCACUACGAACAAAUAACCAAGCUUGGUGCUAUACGUAACAAAGUACUAAGUUGAUGCUUGUGUGGAUUUGCUAAAGAGUCAUAAUAAGAUAAUGUAGGUUGCUGAGAGUUAGUCUGUAAUCAAAUCAGCAAAAACUCAUGAAACUCUAAACUAAUCAUCUGUUCAAGGUGCUUGGUUUGACAACUUUUUUAAAUUCAUCAAUGUGACAAUUAGUUUUUUUGAUUA